AUGAGCGGGCAAGAGGGUGAGCUGAGCCCAUCGCAGGAGAGGACGCUAGCCCAGGUGAGGUGGGGGAGAGAGCCCUACACCGGCCUCAGUUUCUCCUUCUGCUCCAGGAGAGCUCGGAGCUUUGACCUGGAGAAAUCCGAUGACAUGCUGCGGAAGCAUGUGAAGUUCAGGAAGCAACAGGAUCUGCACAACAUCCUUGCGUGGCAGCCCCCAGAGGUUGUCAGGCUGUACAACGCCAACGGCACCUGCGGCCACGACAGCGAGGGCAGCCCCGUGUGGUUCCACAUCAUCAGAGGCCUGGACCUCAGGGGCCUCCUCCUCUCCGUCUCCUGACAAGAGCUGCUCAGGGCCGAGUUCCAGAGCUGUGAGCUGCUCCUGCAGGAGUGUGAGCAGCAGAGCCAGGAGCUGGGGAAGAAAGUAGAGAAAAUCAUAGCUGUUUUUGAUUUCGAGGGGCUGAGCCAGAGGCAUCUGUGGAAGCCAGGAGUGGAGUUUGCCCAGGAGAUUCUCACAGCACUCGAGGCAAAUUACCCUGAGAUUUUGAAGAAUGUAAUUGUUGUGAGAGCUUCCAAGCUGUUCCCAGUGGCCUUCAACCUGAUCACCUACAUAACUGAGGUGAUGCGCAGGAAGGUGGUGAUUCCUGGAGACAACUGGAAGCAAGAGCUGCCCAAGUUCAUCAGCCCUGACCAGCUGCCUGUGGAGUUUGGGGGGACCAUGGCUGACCCCGAUGGCAACCCCAAGUGCCUGACCAAGAUCAACUACGGGGGCAAGGUGCCCAGGAGCUACUACCUGUGCAACCAGGUGAGGGUGCAGUACGAGCACCAGGUGACCGUGGGCCGAGGCUCCUCCCUGCAGGUGGAGAACGAGAUCCUGUUCCCGGGCUGUGUGCUUAGGUGGCAGUUCUCAUCGGACGAGGCGGACAUCGGCUUCGGGGUUUUCCUGAAGACCAAGACAGGGGAGCGGUAGUGGGCCGGGGAGAUGAUGGAGGUUCUGCCCAGCCAGCGCCACAACACCCACCUGGUGCCCGAGGGUGGGAGCCUCACCUCCAGGCUGGCAUCUGUAAGAUCUAUUGGGUUCACUGGAGUCAUUUUCCUCCUCAUGGCGGAGAAAUGA